GCCUGGGUUAUAAACCAUUCACACCCCUUUGGUAACCAUGACAACCCCCAUCGUUGUCAGCCAAUCAUGGCCCUACUUUUCCGUCUCCCAUACACGUUUUACGCCAUCUUGAAAUUACACCCGCAGUUUGUCAAGUAGCUCCCAAAUUAAAAAGCACAACAACUCUUUUCAUCACAGCUCCGGAGUCCGGAAUGAACGGCUCUCGAAGUAAAGCGGCACCGGCAGUCAGUAAAACACAAACGGACGCAGACUCGGAGAGAAAAACGGGUGGAGGAAUGCUAAAAAAGCUGAAAUCGAGGCGCAAUCAGACGGAUAAGUGGCCUGUGGUCACAGAGGAUGAACUCAGAGCGUUAGGAAGGGAUAUUUCUCCGGACCAUGUCCUCGGUCUCCGGGCCGUUACUGAGGACUAUCUGUGCAAACCUGAAGACAAUAUCUACAAUAUUGACUUCACACGGUUCAAAAUCAGAGAUCUUGAGACUGGAACAGUCCUGUUUGAGAUUGCCAAGCCUCCCAACAACAUUCCUGUAGAGAGUGAAGAGGAGAGUGCAGACAUAGACAGCAGUGCCGGGCGUUUUGUACGAUAUCAGUUUACACCUGCCUUCUUGAAACUGCGCACAGUUGGUGCAACUGUGGAGUUCACAGUGGGUGACCGGCCCAUUAACAGCUUUCGUAUGAUUGAGAGGCACUACUUCCAGGGGCGUCUUCUGAAGAACUUUGACUUCGACUUCGGCUUCUGCAUCCCCAACAGUCGGAACACUUGUGAGCACAUCUAUGAGUUUCCACAACUGCCGGAGGAUCUAAUUCGCCAAAUGGUGGCGCACCCUUACGAGACCAGAUCAGAUAGUUUCUACUUUGUGGACAACAAACUCAUCAUGCACAACAAGGCAGACUAUGCCUACAAUGGAGGUCUGUGAUACCUGAAGGGACCAAUGUGUGCAAUACAUCCCAGGGGAUCAUUUUCCAUGGAUUAGAACCACACAUAACCUGCUUUUGUUGGCAGAAAGGAAUAUUUUCCCUUUUGUGGACAUUUCUACAAACCUCUGCAACAUUCUUCAGAGCCAACGGACCACAUCUGCCUUCAUAUAAAACCAUGGAUUCAUUCAUCAGUACCUCAUAGAGCUCAGUUCCUGGGACUCAGGGGAAUGUUCUGUUAAAUAUUUCUCUGUCUUUUGGUUUGUUGUAUAAAUAUCAUGUUACUGCUUGAAUACUUUUGCCUUAAGUUUCUUGCUGUCUCUGCUGGAAAGGGACACUUUAAGUGAUAGAUCUCUCUUGGUAAAUCCAGUAGACUGUUAGUUACAGCUUCAUUCACUUAAGUAAAUGGAUGUUUUCAUUUGAUGUUUAUUUGAACUACCUUUUGCAAGUGACAAUUGUGUUUUUCUUUUGGAAAAGCGAGCAUUACGUAGGUGUUUUAAAGUAUUGUUAGUCAUAGAUAAGAUGUUAUAACGCUAGCCCAGUUUCAUUCUUCAUUAUCUACCGUCAGGUGAGGUGUUAACACUGUUGCUGUCAGCCCAUUCUCUUUAUUAUAUUAUAAAAGAGAAGUGGA